UCCUUUUUCUUUCUGUAACUCAGACGGUGUUUCUCUGCAGAGUCAAGCAGACAGCUUCACUGAUUUUUGGAUAUAAACUCUGGAUAUUUGGAUAUGAAUUUACCAACUGAUUGAUUGAUCGACUGGUUUAAUGAUCACUUCUUUCAGUGCUGAUCGGAAACUGUGGACUGAAUCUGGACUGAGCAACAGCAACAGCUUCUGGACAAACUGUGUUCAGUUUGACAUGAUGUUGACUGUCUCCAUGCUCCUGCUGCCGUUGCUCCUCUCCUCUCCUCCCGUCUCCUCCUCUCCUCUGGCUCAGGAUCAGUCAGUGUGUUCCAUGACUUUCUGCGGCGCAGGACGAGAGUGUGUAUCAACUGAUAAAGGAGAGCCAGUCUGUCGCUGUUUACAGCGGUGCGACGUGACGGAGAACUGGGUGUGCGGCAGCAACAGCAGAUCCUACAGAAAUCACUGUGAGCUGCACAGAGACGCCUGCAUCACCCACACCAAGAUACACUUGGAGCACGGAGGACACUGUCAGGAGAAACCAACAAAGACAGACGUGAGCCCCAUCGUGUGUUUCCUGUCAGAUCGUGAUUGGCUGAGAGACAGAGUGAUGCAGUGGGUUCAGGAGGAGGUUGAAUCUGGAAACUCAACCUCAAAUGUGACCUCAGCCGAUCAGCUCCUGCAGACGUACUUCAAGAUGUACGAUAGCGGAGAUUCAGCGCUCGACUCCAAAGAGUUCCUGAGCUUCCUGAAACAUAAUGAGACAGCCCUCAACCUCACUUACUCUCAUACUCUGGGGACUAACUCGCUGCUGAGGUCUCUGUGUGUCGACGCUUUGAUCGAGCUGUCAGAUGAAAACGCAGACUGGAAACUGAGUUUAACGGAGUUCAUCAACUGUCUGACGCCCACCUACCAUCCAUACGAGAGAAAGUGUGCUCUGGAGGAUGAGGUGUUCGAGGACGGAGCUGAGACUCAGAUGGAGUGUAACAAAUGUGUGUGUGCUUGUGGAAACUGGGUCUGCACCGCUCUGACCUGCAAUGGGGAGCACCAGGUGGAGGAGGAUGAUAACGAUGGAGCAGAAGAAGAAGAGAUGACAGAAGAGGAGUGGAGCAGGAGAGUCGCUGAACUUAACACUUUACAGGUGGACAGUCAACAAUAAACUGCUGCUGUGAUGGAGAAAUGAGAACUUUGCCAUGGAGCCCUGAGAUCACGCUGCUUUAUACGUAGAAUAUUUUUAUAGUUUGACUUGAUCAGAUAGAAAUCGACAUUUGUUUCAUAUAUAUGUUAUUUGUUUAUUAUUUUACAUAUUCCAAAAUUGUUCCAACUUGGUUUGGCAUGUCACUAUUUUUCUAUUUAAUUCUGGGAAUUUUUAGGGUUGGUUAACUGUAACUCUAAACAUUGAUUUUGUUCAUUAUUUAAUAAAAAAUUACCAAAAAAGAACCAAAAGUGAUGCCUUUACAAUGCUUGUUUUGUCCAACAACAUCAAAAGCAGCAAAUUCUCACAUUUGAGAAGCUGGAACCAUAAAAUGUUUUGACAUGCAAAAUGGCUAAAAGAAAAUGUAUUAUAUAUUUUCUACUUAUAAUAUAGUUGCAAAUUAAUUUUCUGUUAAUGGGCAAAUCAUUCCAAAUUUUCAUUUUUUUAUUUUCAUUUCAUUUUUAUCUCAUUUUUUUCUUUAGGUAACUUAACUUUGUUUCUAAACAUUUGUUUUGUCAAUUAUUUAAGAAAAUAUAUAUUUUUAAUUAAUUCAAUAUAAUUAGCAAAGACAAUUUGUAAUACUGAUUAUUGACUGAAUCUGACUAAUUUGUUUAAUCAGGCUGAUAAAACACUCAGGAGAUUGAUUUCAGGAUUAAUUGUGUCAGUAUUUCGUGUAUUUGGGUCAUGAAAAUAAUGUUGCUCUAAUAAAAUGUUUUAUUAUAUAA